UGUCCCAGGAAGCGGAGGACACACCCUGUAAGGGGCGCCAUGACGUCACUGGGGCGCAGGGCGCAGAGCGCACACUAAAAUAGAAACUUCCAGGUUGUUUAUGGACUGUGAGGAGAAUGAAACCCGCGACACCAAUCCACCUGUUACACAAUCAGCGAGCAUCCGCUCCGCCUGUAAUUCAUAUACAAAAUGAAUACAGUACAUAUAGGACUCCGGCUACAUUUGUUUCAACCUUAACACUUCACCUCGUUUUUGCAGAUGAACUGAUGGCCGAUCAAAGGAUGGAUAUUUCUUCCACGAUGAAUGAGUUCAUGUCGUCGGGCCCCACGGACCUGAUCAGCAGCUCUAUCGGCACUACGGGCAUGGAUUACACUCGCAAGAGGAAGGGCAGCUGCACGGACUACCAGGAUGGCCUGGAUGUGGACAAGGACAAGCAGCUGGGAAGGGACUGUGGCGAUCAACAAGGCAGGAUUAAAAAUGCCAGGGAGGCCCACAGCCAGAUCGAGAAGCGGCGCCGGGACAAGAUGAACAGCUUCAUCGAUGAGCUGGCCUCGCUGGUGCCGACCUGCAACGCCAUGUCACGCAAGCUGGACAAGCUGACGGUGCUGCGGAUGGCUGUGCAGCACAUGAAGACGCUGCGAGGUGCUGCCAACUCGUACACUGAGGCGAACUACAAGCCGGCGUUCCUGUCAGAUGAUGAGCUGAAGCAUUUGAUACUGAGGGCUGCCGAUGGCUUCCUGUUUGUCGUUGGCUGCGAUCGAGGGAAGAUUCUCUUUGUGUCCGAGUCGGUUUACAAAAUCCUCAACUACAGCCAAAAUGACUUAAUUGGCCAGAGUCUGUUCGACUACCUGCACCCCAAGGACAUCGCCAAAGUGAAGGAGCAGCUGUCCUCAUCAGACACGGCGCCACGCGAGCGGCUCAUCGAUGCCAAAACCGGCCUGCCGGUGAAGACUGACAUCACCCCCGGGCCGUCCCGUCUCUGCUCCGGCGCUCGGCGUUCCUUCUUCUGCAGGAUGAAGUGUAACCGGCCCUCUGUUAAGAUGGAGGACAAGGAAUUCCCCUCCACCUGCUCCAAAAAGAAAGCCGACAGAAAGAGCUUCUGCACGAUCCACAGCACGGGCUACCUGAAGAGCUGGCCGCCCACGAAGAUGGGGCUGGAUGAGGACGGGGAGCCCGACAACGAGGGCUGUAAUCUCAGCUGCCUGGUGGCCAUCGGGCGGCUGCACCCCCACAUCGUGCCGCCGGCCAGCAGCGGCGACAUCCGCGUCAAACCCACCGAGUACGUGUCGCGGCACGCCAUCGACGGCAAGUUCGUCUUUGUGGACCAGAGGGCGACGGCCAUUCUGGCCUACCUUCCUCAGGAGCUUCUGGGCACGUCCUUCUAUGAAUACUUCCACCAGGAUGACAUCGGCCACCUGGCGGAGUGUCACAGGCAAGUGCUGCAGACUAGGGAGAAGAUCCACACGAACUGCUACAAAUUCAAGAUCAAGGACGGCUCCUUCGUCACGCUGAGGAGCCGCUGGUUUAGUUUCAUGAAUCCCUGGACCAAAGAGGUGGAGUACAUCGUGUCCACGAACACGGUCGUCUCAGGCAGUACGCUCGACAACGCAGACCCCAGCUAUCCCCAGCUCGCCAGCUCCCCCCACAGUAUGGACAGCGUGCUGACAGCUGGAGACGGCCCUGGGAAGCGUGCUCUCCAGACCGUCCCUGGCAUCCCAGGAGGUACCCGGGCAGGGGCUGGCAAGAUCGGCCGCAUGAUCGCUGAGGAGGUGAUGGAGAUCCAGAGGAUCCGCGGCUCCUCGCCCUCCAGCUGCAGUUCCAGCCCCCUCAACAUCACUAGCACUCCCCCUCCAGAUACCUGCUCCCCAGGAGGAAAAAAGAUUCAGAAUGGCGGCACUCCAGACAUUCCUUCGACUGGGAUGGCGCUGGGGCCGGACUCCAUAGGAUACCCGUACUCUAACAACUCCAUCAUGAGCGACAACUCCCACCUGGGCAUCGACAUCAUGGACGAGCAAGGCUCCAGCAGCCCCAGCAACGACGAGGCGGCCAUGGCGGUGAUCAUGAGCCUGCUGGAGGCCGACGCGGGACUGGGGGGGCCCGUGGACUUCACUGACCUGCCCUGGCCCCUGUAAGGUCUUACCAAAACUGAGGGCCACCUGAACUGGGUCCCACCCAUGCUGACGAGGAGCGAGAGCGAGAAGACCAGCGACGGCUGGCGAGAUCCGGGCCAUGGGCCUCGUCAGCACACAUGCAGCCGGGCACUGCCAUCGUACACAGCUCUCUCAGAAUGCCAACUCGCCCACCUUUUUACACUACGGAAGGUUUCCAUGUCGGAUAUUUCCUACGAGAACUGUAUCAUAAAUGUUUAUUCUAUCAUGUAAGAAUUCUUUACUCUAACUAUAUGGUAAAAGUGUAUUGUAUCUGCAGUGAAAUAUUUUUAAAAUUAAAUAACAGAAAGUAAAGGACUUUUUUUAACUUAAAAAUGGGCGCGGGAGAUGGUGCAUUUUACCAAGACAAACACACACAUAUUGCUUUGGGUACAAAAGGUCAUAACAGCCCAUUAUGAAGCUUUAACCUUAAACAGACAGAUGUCACGAUUGCAGCAGUGAGGUUUAUAGACUCCGCUCUAUAUUACAGCUUUAAAUGGUGUUUGCUGCUGAUGUCCUUCUCAAAAGUGACACGGAUAGUCACUUUUCAGCUAUUUAAUGCAAAUGUUGUGCACUGCUGCCACCAAGUGGUAAAAAAAAAUAAAUGCAACGUCUCAGACGUCAGACCUUCGUGAGAAGCAGCUCAGCGUCCUGGACUGGGGACGACUCGGUCAACACGUGGUCAGCCGUCUGCAGCUCACUUCGUCUUUGGACCCUGACCUACCCAGAAUCUCUGACAAACUCGUGCUGAAAUCGCUGCCGUAGCGGUGAAAUAUAUUAAAAGCGCCUAACCUUGUACCAUUGGAGUGAAGUUACACACGAUCCUGGACUGAAAGACACUGAAGGAGACCAACUACUCACGUUCAUUUCAAUGACACUACGGCUCAGCCUUCCUGUGAGCAGAAUUUAAUAUCUAAUCGUUGUAGAAAUUCCUUUUACUCCUGAAAAAUGAGACAAUAAACAGCUUUCUGUAUUCUCUAA